ACGUCCGCUGGCGUGCCUCCUUUCUUAUUUAUAGGAAUUGUUUGGUUGGGAUCUCACUGGUACUUGGUGUCGUACUAAACUCAUGCGACAUAUGUAGGGACAAAUAGUGGGCAGCUUGUCAUGACAUAAAUGGAUGUUGCGGCCAGCAGCAGCGUGCCAGUCUAAAUGACGUUCCCUUUUUAUGUCUUGUUUGCAUUGCUUUCUAGGCAUCAGCCCAUCAGCCCAGUGGGGUCUUAUACGUUUGGUGACAUUGUUUGUUCCUGCCAUGUGCAAUGAGAAGUGUUCAUGAAGUGGUAUGACUUCAAAUGAAAGGAAAGCAUUUUGGUCACAAGACUUGGUCAAUUUUAUGCCACAGGCUCCAAUUCACGGCUAAUCCUGCAAGUCUGCCGCCAUGUCCGAGGGAGAGCCGCCGCCGGCGCCCACCCUGCGGCAGUUCUUCGGCUCGCCGAAGGCGGACGAUGACGUGUUCAGCCAGCUGACGGAUGCUGGCCACCAGUCAGCUGUGAUGGCCAGCCAGGUGAACCUGGCGCAGUCGGCCCAUGCGGCGCCGCCGCCAGCCGCGCACCUGGCGCAGCCGGGGCCACCGCAGCUUCUGCAGGUGUCGGAAAUGGCGCCCAAUGUCGAGCAGACCUUCAAACAGGAAUUACAGGAGGCGCUCGAAUACGAGGAGCGUCGGCCGCGCUUCAGCAUCGGGCCCGAGUCGGCGGACGAGGUCUCGCGGCUGGUGGCCGAGGUGCAGUGUGCAGAGCCCGAGGCCGCCGGAGAGGCGUCGGCCGGCGACGCGACGGCAUCUGACGGCACGACUCCGCCCCAGCUGGACCUUCCCUCGCCUGCUCACACCGCAGACGGAGAUGCUGGCGACGUCACAGCCCAGGGUGACGAGGAGGAGGUGCCGCUGACAGAUGACGUAACGCCACCGGCGCCGCCGGCGCCGCCCUUCGAGGGUCUGCCGUCCGGCUCGGCCAGCGCCGAUCUGGAGCUGGCGGUGACGCCAGACGACCCGGCCAUGAGCGGCGAGCUGACCGCCUCCUGUUUGCCCAACACAGAGAUGGACCGCCAGUUCGACGCCUGGGUGCCGUCGGAGGAGACCCAGCGCGUGCUGAGCUCCAUGUCGCAGAGUUUGCCGGGCACGUUCUACCCGCGCCGCGACAGUCUGACGCUGCCCGGCUGCAGUCUGCAGAGCGAGCUGACGGACCCAGUGUCGGAGCUGAUGCUGCAGUACAUGACGUCGGCCGAGGCGCGCCGCCGCUCCGUGCUGACGGCCGACAGCGUGACUCAAGACGACCGCGGCAUCCGGCAGCUGAUCCAGGCGGGCUGUUAUCGCGCGGCGGUGAACCUCACCGGCCGACUGCUCACCAACUACGGCCAGGGGUACGGCCGGGUCGGCCAGGUCAGCAAGCACACGGCCAACUCGGUACAGCUGUGGUUCACGCGGCUGGCGCUGCUCGUGCGUCUGCGCCUGUUUCCGGUGGCCGAGCAGGAGGCCGAGGCCUGGGGAGACCUCGACACGGCAGACCUCUUCUUCCAGUACUACCCGGACCUGUACGGGGGACGGCGCGGCUCGCUGGUGCCGUUUAACUUCCGGGUGCUGCUGGCGGAGCUACCGCGCUACAGCGCCCACUACCAAGCCAGCCUAGACCGGCUCUACCAGAUCCACGCCGUCUGCCAGCAGAUCCUGUCGAACCUGUCGGCGGGCCGCGCGGAGGAUGGCUCCCCCUCCGACCUGUCGGAGGGCGGCCGACAGCGCUCACUGGCCCUCUGGAACAGCCGCAGGCUCAAGGUCAUCUUCUCCGUCGUCAACUGCUGUGUCGGCAUGAAGGACUACGAGCAGGCCAUCACCUGUCUGGGCCAGCUGGCUGCCGAGCUGCCCGAGUCGGCGGCCGCGCUCCGCUCCGCAGUCGGCCGCGUCUACCUGCAGCUGGGCAACCUGGCGGCGGCGCGUGCCGUCUUCGCCACCGUGGCCGACAAGCCUCCGUCGGAGAGUGACGACAGUCGACUAUCCGCACAGCUGCUAAUUAACGACGCGUUCCUCGCGAUCGGCGAGAACAACUUUGCGGAGGCGCAGGCCAAGUUCGAGCGCGCGCUGCAGCUGGAGCCUGAGAACGCCACGGUGCUGACCAACCUGUCGGUGUGCCUGCUGUACCAAGGCCGGCUGGCAGACGCCGUGACCAUGCUGGAGACGGCCGUUUUCUCCCGUCCCGAGCUCUUGCAGGAGACGGUGCUGCUUAACCUGUGCACCCUCUAUGAGCUGCAGACGUCCAAGUGCAACCGGAAGAAGGUGGAGCUCCUGUCGAGGGUUGGCGGCUGUAAGGGCGACGGCUUCAAUGUGGGCUGUCUGAAGCUGCAGUCGGCUACGUGAUGACGUCAUGAAGUGUCAUUAACGGCGGGCGAUGAGAUGUUAUAUAUUCAAUAUGUUGUAGGUGGCAUGUUGUGUAUGGAAACAUUAUGAGCUGCAGGCUGUUGUGAAUAUAGAGGUUGUGAGCGUCGGACACCUACUGAAUUUUAUUGAGUGAGUUUGUGCAAGCUUGUAGGUGAAGUGAUGUGACGUGCAGGCCACCCUGGCGCCAUCCUUGAUAUUGGUAAUGCUAGGUUGAACUUGGUGGUGGUUGUUGCUUGUCAGCAGUUGCUGUUAUGCACGUUUGUGCGUGUCAUAAAGCAGUUUGAAUACACACGGUGCUGAUUAAGGCGAUCGGUUUUAGA